AUGGGCUGCUGUGUGACAUGGAACCCAGGAGCAGCAUCAGAGCGGCUGCAGGGUGGUGGGUGCCACAUCCUGGAGGAGCUUCUGGCAGACGACUGGAAGCAUCUGGAAGGGGUGAGCUCCCACAUGGCUGCUGCCAACAAGGAGCAACCUGCGCGUGUGAUGCGUACCAAGUUAAGCUGGUGGGAGGACGGCCCCGCAACGGGCUGUGCCUCCAGGAGUCCAUAUGGCACCACCAAAGAGCGAGUGGCCGUCUGGGACUCCGUGGCCGUCUGUGUGCAACAACAACUCCUGCUGCACAAGGGGAUCCGAAUUCCUACCUUCGGUUCCUUCGACAUCGUCUUCAAAGAGAUCAGGGCUAAGGAGGGCACCCUGGUUGUGCAGUGGCCGGCGUUUCGCCUGGCCAGGAACCUUCUGGACGUCCACAGUCUGACAGGUGAUGAGGAACUCCUGACAGGCCAUAAGGAAGUGGAGCCCCUCAAGUACACCGAGGUGGCCUCAACUGCAUCGGUGUCCCGGCACAGAGUGGAGACCUGCAUAUGCAGCACCACAUCCCUCAUCUCCCACUGCCUGAGGAACGGGGAGAACGUUGCCUUUGUCCUGAAGGACAUCGGGGUCCUCUUCUUAGAAGGAGCACGAGUUCAAAUGAAAUUCUACUACGACUUCCUCGAGAAGGUCUGUGGGAAAGCCAGUCUGGAAACAGCAGUUUUCAAGGUCCCCUGGCUGCUGGACAUGGUGGUGUCCCGGGUGGCAGCGGUGGCUCCCUGACACUCUCUGGCCGGGUCAUCGUCUUUCCUGAGUUUAAGUUGGAGUUUAUCCACAAACCACCUCCCAGGAAACCAUCCAAGGCAUCCAGGGAAGUGCCUGGUGAGGGCAAGAUGGAGAAAGAAGAGGGUUUGGGUGUGCCACCUCUUGGCCGGGACAAGAAAGGGCCAGGAAAGAUCCCUGAGCAGCCAUCCUUACAUGGCCGACGGAGCACUGCCCAUAGAGGAGGCACAGGUUCUUUUCCCAAAACAAGGGUGGAGCAGAAGAAGAGCUCUGUGCCCAGUCAAGUUCCAGCGCUCCCGGCGGUGUCUUCACCCAAAAAGAUGGCUGUGCCCAGCAAAACCCAGAGUGAAGGCACGACCAAAAGCACUGCACCACCCACGGGUCCAGCACGGGCAAUAAAACCCCACAGGUGCACAGAGGAACAAGGUGCGGUGAGGCCGGCACUGAGCAGCCAAGGUCAGCACAAGCUGACAGCACAAAGUAAAGCAGCAGAGCCAGGCCGCACUCGUGGAGUGGAACCUCAGAGCUGCCAGGAAGGAAGAGGAGCAGCAAAGCCGGUGCUGAGCAGCAAAAGUGAUGGGAAACACACAGCCAGAGCUCCAGCACAAGGCUUGGGUCGGGCUCAGGCUGCUGGAGCUCAGUGGGUCAGAAAACAAGCAGUGAAGCCAGCACUGAGCAGCCAGCUUCAGGGCAAAGUCAUCACCAAAGGGAAGGCUCCAGAAAUACGUCCAGCACAGCCUCAGAGUUUGAAAGAAGAAAGAGGGGUGGUGAGACCGGCACCAAUGAGUCAGUUUGUGGGCAAAUCCAUAGCCAAAGCUCCAGUACCAAAGGCAGGUGGAGCCCAGGCAGUGCAGUCUCAGAGCAUCAGAGAAGGACGAGGAGCAGAGAAAACCCUCAGUGAUGGCAGAGUGCCGGAGGCAAACAAG